CUGAAAGAGUUUGCCUCCCUAACUUGAACAAAACUGAGCUGCUCCAAACCAUCUUCAAGACUGUGUUUGCUGCUCUUCCCUCACCAUGAAGAGCAUUGCACGACUCUGUUCGGCAGCCCUUCCAUGGCUGCUAUUCCUUUUCACUCCCCAAGGGUUUUGUUACCAAAGAGUUCAUUGCCAGUGGGGGCCUUAUGGUGAAUGGUCAGAAUGUGACGGCUGCACCAAAUCAAUGACGAGAAGCCGAGCGAUGGCCGACUACGCUCAGUUUGGAGGGAACCCCUGCGCUGGGGAGCGGACUGAGACCAGGCCCUGUGAAACCACACAAGGCUGCCCUCUAGACGACGGGUGUGGAGACAGGUAUCGCUGUCGCUCAGGGAAGUGCAUCAGCAAGUCGCUGUUGUGUAACGGCGAUCAGGACUGCGAGGAAGACGGAGAUGACGAACGUGGCUGUGACGCGGAAAAACACAUUGUGUGUCAAAAGUCAGUUCCCCCGCCUAACAUUGAACUGCUUGGACUCGGGUUUGACGUGGUGUCAGGGAAGCAGAGGGCCCCUGUCAUCAACACAAAGAGCUUCGGGGGACAGUGCCGCGUCAUCUUCAGCGGCGUCCACAGUGCUCUCUACCGAUUGCCGCUUAGUACCACCCAGUUCAGCUUUAUGGUUAAAGCUCAGAGUGACUUCUCAGAUGAGAUGUACACCAGUGAAUGGAAAUAUGCGAAGGACAUUGUCAACAGAGAGAAAGUGACCGGCACCACGACAGGACACAACAACUACGACUUUCACCAGACACAAUCACAGACCCAGACCCACAAGCUGUUGGUUCUGAAGAGUGACAUAGAGGUCGCUCAGUUCCAGAGCAACUCCCACCAGUACCUCCCGUUGUCCGGGGAGUUCUGGAAGGCACUGGUUGAACUCCCAUCGGUCUACGACUAUGCCGCCUAUAGGAAGGUUCUGAAGAUGUUUGGAACACACUACCUGUCGGAAGGAAGCCUCGGAGGCUCCUUAGAGAUCAUCGCCAAGAUUGAUGCGGAAACUCACAAACAGACGGAGGACACACUACAUGACUUUGACGAAUGUACAAGGACUAAACGUUGGUUUCUUAUAUUCCCCAUCCAUCAUGUGGACUGCAAGAAAGACAGACGUUGGACGCCAAUAAGAUCAGGUUCUUCCAGCUCCAAUUCUGUGAAAAAAGUGAAUGUGGUUGGAGGAGGCAUCCAACAUAUCGCAGCACUGGAGGGCAUGGAGCUCGCUAAUCCGGACAGGAACUGGGAAAUGUUCUCAAACUGGGCAGAGUCUGUUCGAUCAUUUCCAAAAGUGACAAAACAAACGCUGCGGCCGGUGUCAGAGCUGGUGAAAGAGGUUCAGUGUGCUGGGGUGAAGAGACUCUACCUUCGCAAUGCCAUAGAGCAGUACCUCACUGAGAGCGACACCUGCCACUGCCGGCCCUGCAGCAACAAUGGCCUGGUUGUCAUGGAUGGAGAUGAAUGCAAAUGCAUCUGUAAGCCUGGCACAUCAGGACUGGGCUGUGAGCAGGGAAUCGAAGCGCAGGGUCAGCCGGGAGUGAUCCACGGCAGUUGGACCUGCUGGUCCGCUUGGUCAUUGUGCUCUGGGGGUCGAAGAUCAAGAAGACGUACUUGCUCUAAUCCCCCCCCCCGGAACGGGGGGCAGCAUUGUAUCGGAGAACCCACUGAGGCGUCUGACUGUGAAGACCAAGACCUCCAAUACCUAAAAACCAUGGAGCCUAAUUGCUUUGACCAAACUCUCCCAGCAAGUCAGACGUGUGAAAAUCCACCUCCUCUAAUCAACGGCUACAUCCGGGUACCUCUGGACAUUUACAUUGUGGGUAGUAGAGUUGAGUACACCUGCACAGACAGAUUUUAUCUCGUUGGUGCCAGCAUCCUAGAAUGCACUGCUAAUCAAACCUGGUCUACCAGCCCUGGACUUUGCACAGUCUCCAGGUGCACCGCACUGUCCCUCUCUGAUGACGUCACAGCCUCUCCUUCACAGCAGAACUAUGGCAUAGGGGAGAGAGUCACCUUGUCCUGUCCAGAAGGCAGACAGCUAUUAGGGGAACCAACGAUUAUAUGUGACUCCAGUCUGCAUUUUUCCCCAGACCCAUCAGACAUCAAAUGCAGCCCAGUCACAACACCCGAAGUAGACCGCUCUUUGGUCGUGCAAUGUGAACCGUGGGAGAAGCUUCACAAAGGAAAAUGUGUUUGCAAAAUGCCUUUUGAGUGCAGUUCAUCUUUGGAGGUAUGCGCCACUAAUCCUGUGAGUAGAAAGUCAGUCCUUCUGAAUGUCUGCAAAAUGCAUGCCCUGCUGUGUAUGGGGAGCGUCCAUACCGUAGCGGAGGAUGCCUCAUGCAAGUGGCCGCAGCCCAGCAGCAAAACGGGCUGCACAAACUGCCACAUGUGGGAGACCUGUGACGAUCAAACCAACGCGUGUCGCUGCAAGGACUCAGCAGAUUGCUUGAGCCCAGGUAUAAAUGUGUGUGUGAGAAUUGGGGAGAACUUAACCUCAGUGACUCAGAGCAUGAGCGAGUGUGAAACGGGACUUCGCCGAUGUAAGGGAGAAAAGGUGUCAGUCGUCAGUAUCCAGCCUUGUACUGCUGAAGAUGCGGGAUUGACCACAUGACUUCCCUUACACAUUCAUUCACUUUUACACUCUCCUCGUAGGGCUGCACGGUGGUGUGGGCGAUAGCAUGUUGUUUCAAUGCUCCAUGUUCCAAAGGCAUGUAGUAGAGGUAAAAUGGUCACUCUAAAAUGCCAGAUUGAAUGCCUGUCUCUCUCUCUGUCAGCCCCACGAGGAUAAGCUAUAUAGAAGAUGAUGAUAUUUCUUCAGUGAAUAUGUAUUUCAUUAUAUGUAACUUCACCAGAUGGUUAUGCAUAUAUAAAACCAUAUUGUAAAACUGUAUCACAGCAACAAAUAAAUAGAAAAAUGGACCUGCUGAAAAUGUAUUCCGACUAGUUAGCCGUAUGUGUAUCUGAACCUGUGUGACACCCGCUUCUUGAUGUCAUGAAAAAGUAAUAAUAUUGUAUGUCACAACAAUUUUUAAAAUGGUCACACCAUAAUCCUAUUUUAUCAUCAAAUUUAUUUGACGCUAAUCCUAACUCUUGAAGGUCAUUUGGCUAAAUGUUUGUGUUGAAACGAUCUAUCACUUCACCAUUACAAAAACAGCAAACUCUAAGCAGUUAAAUCCUGUCUGAGAUCUGAAGGUUUAACCUUUUACUCUCAUUUUCACUCCAUUUCUCCAGCCUUCUGUAAAGAGUGACAAACGCUGCUUGUUAUGAAUGAAAGCAAAUCUGGUUUAUUUGCCAUUCUGUCUCGACAAAAUAAAUACAGUACAUUUUGGGGUGUUAAUCCCAAAAUACAAAUUACCACCCUUUAACCAUUACCUUAUGUGAACUCAAAGUGUAGGAGCCAUAGAUGUUUUCUUUAUAUUAUUUGCUUUUUAUAAAUGUUACAUUUUGUGGGUUGUUGGUUUGUUUUGAUUUAUGUUUUGUUUAUUGAUUGUCAUGAGACAUGGGUACACAAAGACGCUAACAGUGAAACGUUGUCGCUGAAUCUCUUGGAAUUGAUCAUCGUAUUCUACUACGUGAAGAAGAUGGUCACGUUGUUCCUGACGUCAUCGCGCAUCUACUGAGCCACGAGACGAUUGGAGAAGCUGAUUCUACGUACCUGUGGGCGCCUGCUUUGAUUCAUUCCUCAUUUGCUUCCUGAAAAGCUUCCGAGAGUAACUAGGUCUACUACGACGUCUUCGUCAAAGCCCUAACCGCUGGAAUCAAAGGUAUUGACAAAGUUGACUAUCAGUGUGGUGAAAACGGCAUUCGGCGUCUUCAACGUUAACGCCCCCUGUUGGAUUAAAUGCGUCUUCGUAGCCUCGUCGCUGGAGUUGAGGUAUAAAGACUCUUUGACUGAAUCGUAUGGGAUCAUAAGAUCAUACUUUUAAAUUUCGUGGUCUCUCUUAUGAACAUUUCAAGUGCCUGUUCGGCCUACUGUGGAUUAUGGACAUUGCUGCAUAUUACUGAUGGUGUUUCCCCUAUGAACAUUUCGAUUUUCCUGCUGCUGUGAAUUAAUAACGUGGUGAACUGCUGUUUGCUUACAGUCUGAUUAAUGUCAUUUUCUGCCGUUGCUUUUGAGUGUUUGAACUUUAUGGUGUUCCGGUAAUCGAUGAAUGGUCAUUUACUUGAAUUAAAAAUGAAUACUGAAGGGGUAAAUGACUGUCAAAAUGGAGG